AUGUCCCGCGCCCAGCCACCACUUUGCUGCUGGUUGUUAAUCCUUGAAACAAUGACCGAAUCUUCGAUUCUCUCAUCACCGUCGCGAGUGCGUCCCACCGACCUCGACCGCUCGUUGACAGCCAGCAGCCAUAUCCGAAGCAAAGUCCCAGCAACCGGUCCACGACGUCGACGAUCUUUUGAUUUACCGUCGCACUCGAUGUCGAUCUUUGACCAGAGCAUCUUCGUGCCUUCAUCGGUGAGAUCAUGA